UUUUUAGUAGGUCAAAAACCUUUCCUCGCUCGUUCACUGCUUUCCCAGUGACCGACUACCUCAUUAAAUCCGAUCACAUUUCCUUCACCUCCAUCCUCUCCCUCCCCGCGCCACCACCGACCCCCAUCUCUCCCUCUUUCUGUUUGCCUACCUAAGAAGGUGGACUGCAACCCAUUACUCACCUCAUCUCACAACAUGUCGAAGUUCUCUCGCCGCCUUUCCUCUAAACUUCUCCCAUUCUUCCUCUGCACGCUACUCCCUCUCUACUCAUCACGGCUACUGUCACCAAGGAACAUCGCCGUCCUCGAUGUCACCGCUUCCAUCCAGAAAGCAGCCGCCGUCAUCGCCUUUGACUCUCAGCGAGCCCACGUCAUUGACGAUGAAACCAUGAUUGAAUCCAUGGAUGUCGCCAACUCUUCCAAUCUCUCGAUCAAAUUGCAUUCUCGAGAUUUCCUCCCCCGGGCCAUCGCCGGCGGUCAUAAAGACUACCGGAGCCUUACCCUCGCCCGCUUAGGCCGCGAUUCAACCCGAACCCAAGCCAUUUCUGCAAGGAUUUCCCUCGCCAUUCACGGCAUAAAGAAGUCCGAUCUGAAGCCAUUGAUCACCGACGAUAUGCUUGAAACCACAGCAAGUGGCGGCGGCGGCGAAGUUUCCGGUCCUGUGGUCUCCGGUACGAACCAGGGUAGCGGUGAGUAUUUCUCUCAGGUCGGGAUAGGGCAGCCGGCGAGACUGGCGUACCUUGUUAUAGACACUGGAAGUGAUGUGACUUGGAUCCAGUGCCAGCCCUGUACCGACUGUUACCAGCAAUCGGACCCGGUGUUUGACCCGGCAGCAUCUUCAACCUACUCGCCAUUGUCGUGCGACUCGCAGUCUUGCCGAUCACUAGACGUCUCAGCCUGCCGGAACUCUUCAUGUCUCUACCAAGUCUCCUACGGCGACGGAUCUUUCACCGUUGGCGAAUUCGCCACCGACUCACUCACCUUCGGUUCCUCCUCUCCAGUUCCCUCCAUUGCUCUUGGCUGCGGCCAUGACAACGAAGGCCUCUUCGUCGGCGCGUCGGGCAUACUCGGCCUCGGCGGAGGUGCUCUCUCUUUUCCUUCCCAGAUCCAAUCCCCUUCUUUCUCCUACUGCCUCGUCAACCGCGAUAGCUCCAGCUCCUCCACACUCGAUUUCGGUUCAAAAUCCUCCGAUCCAACCACUGUAACCGCUCCACUCCUCCGUAACAGUAAGGUCGAUACGUUCUACUAUGUAGGUCUCUCCGGGCUCAGCGUCGGCGGCGAAGUCCUUUCGAUCCCAGCCUCAGCAUUCGCCAUGGACGAAUCUGGAACCGGAGGCGUGAUCGUGGACUCCGGAACGGCGGUGACGAGGCUUCAGCGCGACGCUUACUCAGCUCUCCGUGAAGCAUUCUCGAAGGGGAUGACCGAUCUGCCAUCAGCCGAGGGUGUUGCGCUGUUCGACACUUGCUACGAUUUAUCCUCGAGGACUUCGGUUGAAGUGCCCACGGUGGCUUUCCGGUUCGACGGAGGAAAAGAGCUAAAGCUUCCGGCGACCAACUACUUGAUUCCGGUGGAUUCGACAGGCACUUUCUGCCUGGCCUUCGCGCCGACGAGCUCGCCGCUCUCCAUUAUCGGUAACGUGCAGCAGCAGGGCACACGCGUCGCUUUCGAUCUCGACAACGCACUGGUGGGCUUCACUCCGAAUAAAUGUUAAGCGGACGGUAUUGCCCCUGUCUGUUGGUUAUUAUUACGGUUACCUCCGUAGAAAUUAAUUAGCGGUAUUUAUUGUUUCAUAAAUGGAAAUGAAGGCGGUGGGGGGAAGCGGGUUCGCUUUGGUUGUUGGGGUAAUUAAAGAGGUGUCGUAGUGGCAUUCAAGGGAUUAGAGCCGUGUUUCUUCUUACUUGCUUACGACAAUUUAUCUCCAUUGAAAUAUAAUGGUAUGAUAUUA